AUGCCCUAUCGUCUUCACAAACAAACCGACGACAAACCUCCCAAGGUACAAAAAGUCACAUUCUACUCCUAUCAUCGCCCCUGCGACCACUAUAAAAAGCGCUACUGUACCAGAUACCGAACACCAAGGCAGUGCUGCACCUGCGCGGACUCAAGAGUUCUGCGCCCAGACGGUCGCUACCCCCGGUACAUUGACGGCACAGGCUGGGAGCGCGAUGCACCAAGAUGGGCAAACUACUGUGAGGGGUGCCAGAAAGCAGAGAAAGAGUACGAUAUCCUUCGAUCAGCGAUUGUGCUUUAUAUUCGGCCACAGUCUCACGAUGGUCUCUAUCCGCUGUAUGUAGAUGGGCUUGGGUGGGUUUACGGUGCGAAGAGGUGGCAGUUCUACUGUCAGUUCUGCAAAGAUGUGCAUGAGAUGGAAGCUCAGGGGAAAAGAGAAGGUGCCUAG